AUGGCGCGGCGAUCCGCCAGACUCCAGAAGCGCUCGCCCACUCCCUCCGAGAGGUCCACCUCUAGCUGGGAGACGGCGCAAUCGAGGUCCUCACCCCAGCAGAGACGCCUGCCGUCCGUUGAGGAAGGCAAUGAGUCGCAAGCAACGACUCAGCGACAGCUUGCCGCGCACCCAGCGCCCACCGAAAUGAAGACGUCCCAGCGCCCGCAGCCGCCGACGGCUUCCACAGCACGCACGCCAAAGAACCGCACACCUAUCAAGCCGACUGGAGAAGAGAUGCAUCCGGCGCACCACCACGCAAGUACGGCGAAAAUGCUGGAGGAGGCGCGCUGGCUUGGAUUCCAAGCUCUGGGUGCGCACACGGCGCCGCCAAAAGCGUCCGGUGCGGUCGUCGUUCACGCGACUCCUUCAAAGACUCCAGUCCCGGCUGCAGCGAGCGAGAUGGAUAACAUCGCUUCCUCGCCGGACUUCCGGUUUCUUUUCCGGUUCAAGUCACCGCUCUCGGGUCUCAGUCCGACAUCAAGCAGCAUUCUGAAAGAUCGCAAGGAAGACGCUCUCGCCGAUGGUCGCGCUCUCUUCAAGGCGGAUGAGUUCACUGCUCCAGCAGACGUGUCCCCCCAGCGCAAGACGGCUGUACCGAAGGGUAAGAUGUCGCGCUUCAGCGAUGUGCAUAUGAAAGAAUUCAAGAAGAUGGACUCAAUCGCAAACCAUGCGUCGUCGUUCCGUGCCGACCCAACCCGUUUCAAGCCCGCCAAUGUCACACUAAAGAAAUCUCCGUCGAAGGUUGAUUUGCUCAAGCCUGAGGUGAGCCAGAAAGGUCUCAACAAGUUGAAGCGUACGCAGUCAAAGAUGGACUUGGCAGAGUCAACGACCCGGAUUCCGCCGACACCGUUAAAGCGUACCCAGCCGAAGACAGAUGUCACAGCAUCUAGUCUCCCCCGCGCCCAGUCCACUGUGAGGUUGGUGCCCCCGUCGCGAGACGGACGACCGCCGACACAGAAUGGCCCUGCUGCGAAGCGAGUCAAGCGCACUGAGACGGAUGAUGCUGCCUCUACCCGGCCAGUCUCUCGAGAUGGCAAGCCUGAGGCUGGCACGCCUGCAGUCGCCAAACCUGCUACUCCAGCCCGAAAGAUUACCUCUCAGACGGCGCUGCCGCGCCUCGCCUCCAGACUCAUGACGCCCACAAAGUCUUCGCUUGCGCGAUCGCAGAGCGUGAAGGCCGUCAAGUCCUCGUCAAUGAUUCCAUCUCUGUUGCGCUCUACUUCCACGCGUAAUCUCUUCUCCCCCACCAACCUCGCCCAGACCGUGAAGGAUGGCGUUCGAGAGAGCAUUCGCAAGACGAGCAACUCGGUGCAGCGCGUUCGGUCCAUCCUCCGUACGCCCAGCCGCAAAUUUUCCGACGACCUAGAAAAGAUUGCCGCCGGCACUCAUAUGUCUCCUCCUCCUGGACUAAACCUCCAGAAGGCUCUUCCCGAAGUGCCGCGCACUGCUCCAGUCAAGAAGCACGUCAACUUCACAACCAGCACCUUGGAGCGGGCGGCUGAAGAUGAGCUUGGCAAGUCUCCGUCGCCAAUGAAAAUCCGAGCCGGGUCGGAGGUUCCACCUGGCGCUGUCAUCUAUCCGAAGCUCCAGUCUGGUGUCGACUAUCCCAACCUUCCAACGGGCGAUGAGUCACCUGCUGCGUCUCCGUCUCGACGCCUCACUUUUGGCGGUGCCACGGCUAACACUCCCGGCGAGUUCUCCUUCAAGUCUGAUAAGCCUAUCAGCUUCGGCCCUGCGUCUACGGGCACUAUCCGCAUGGUUCGAAAGAGCGACGCCUCUUCUCUCGUCGACCCCAAGAAGCGCAAACUUGAUACUCUCGAGGAGACCUCGGAUAAGGAGAAUACCGAGCCUGUGCAUUACGAGGGACGUGCGGAAAAGAAGAUGAAGCCCACCCCAGCUGAGCCUCCGAAGACACCGUCGAAGCUACCGCGUCGCACCCCCAAGCGUGGAGGCUCGAUGAGCAAAAUAUUGAAUUUUCUGCAGCAAAGCAGCGCCACAGAUAUCACCGACUUCCUCACGAACCCCCGCUUCGACGACCCCGCGUACCUCACUACCCUCGCCGUACUAUUAGCCGCCGUCUUCGUCACCAUGUCCUGGUUUUCUCGCGCCGGCGGUAAUUGGGGCGGGCGCUUCUCGCCCUUUGGGCGCCCAGGUAGUUCGCCAAACGCUGGCGAAGUUUCUGACUCCGACUUCUCCUACAUCACCUCCGAAGACCUCGCGAAGGCCACAGAUAAGGGCCGCAAUAAAGCUUCCUCGCGGCCAGAGAUAGUUGACUGGGAUGACAAGAACCCUGAUCGGGACACGGAUGUUCUAGUCUUCAAGAACGGCAGGACGCAUUAUCCCACGCACUUCCCUGCGCAGAGCAUACGGGAUGGAGAUUUGAGGAUUAGUACAGUGAGGCAGGCAGCGGCGAAGAAGAUUGGCGUCGAUGACCCUCGGCGGAUACGCAUGUUCUUCAAGGGCAAGAACCUUAAGCACGACGAGCGGACCGCGCGGGAGGAGGGCCUGCGCGGUGAUGGCACCGGCAGCGAGAUCCUGUGCGCAGUCGGCGAGGCCCCGGUAGGCAACAUGGCGCCAGGAGCCGAAGAUGCUCAGCACACCUGGAGCGAAGGCGAAGACGAAGAAGACGACACUGAGAGCGGACUCGAUUCAGCUACGAAUGCUGCGACAAAGAAGAAGCCUAGGAAACGCGGCGGCAAGAAGAAUAAGAAGAAGAGCGCGGCCGCAAACGCAUCUGGUGCAAGCACGCCGGGUUACUCGAGCGCCGCUCCGGCCGGCGCUGAGUACUUACCCAUCCCGUCCCACCUCCCCGGUCCUCGGCCUACCUCCGCUCCACCGGCCAAUAUCCCACGAGCAGCGACGCCGCAGACGCCGAUCGGCAAGCUCGAAGCGAUAGCAUCCAAGUUCCACACCGACUUCGUCCCGCUAUGCAUCACCUUCAUGCAGCAUCCACCCGAAGAGAAGUCGAAGAAAGAGCUCGAAUACAAGAAACUGUCGGAGACAAUACUCACGCAGAUACUGAUGAAGCUAGAUGGGGUGGAGACGGAGGGCGACCAGGAUGCUAGGAUGAAGCGGAAAGAAUUGGUGAGAGAGGUUCAGGGAAUGCUGAACAAGCUUGAUGAGGCGAUGAAAUAA